AUGGUCCAUCUCACUCCUGCCCUUGUUGCGGGCCUGGUUGGUCUUGCAGGUCUCGCAGCGGCCCAUCCGGGUCACGACGUCAAGGCCGAGGCCGCGGAGCGUGCUGCUUUCCUCAAGCGGGCUCCCGUGCACCACCGCAGUUUGAACCACUGCACUGAGAAGCUGCGUGCUCGUGGCCAUGAGGCGCGUAACGUCGCUCGUCGUGAGCUGACUGUUGAGCGGCUGCGUCGUCGCAAGGGACUAGAGACCCGCUCCACCUAUCUCAAGGCGCGGGACCUUGACGAGGCCCUCAACACCUCCCACCACUCCUCCCUGGACGUGGACCAGACCGUUGACCCUGCUGUGCUCUUUGCGUCCAACGCGACCUGCAUUCUCGGACCCGACACCACCCAGGGUCCUUACUACGUCACCGGCGAGCUGAUCCGCGAGGACAUUUCUGAGGACCAGGCUGGUGUUCCUCUGUUCCUGGACUUCCAGAUCAUCGACACCAACACCUGCGACCCGGUUCCGAACAUCUACAUUGAUGCCUGGCACUGCAACGCCACCGGCGUCUACUCCGGUGUCGUGGCCGGCGGAAACGGCAACCAGGGCGAUGACACCAACCUGGACGCUACCUUCCUCCGCGGCGUCCAGAAGACCGACACCAGCGGCGUUGCUCAAUUCGAGACCAUUUUCCCCGGUCACUACACCGGCCGUACGCACCACAUCCAUCUGCUCUCCCACGCCCCCAACGGCACCACCGUCAACGCCAACAACACCCUCUCGGACCUCUUCACCGCGCACGCCUCCUACGUUGGCCAGACCUUCUUCGACCAGGACCUGAUCUACGAAGUCGAAGCCACAACCACCUACGCCGCCAACACCCAGCCCCUGACCACGAACGCGGACGAUGGCAUCCUCGCCGAAGAAGCCGACGUCAUCGACCCUUUCAUGCAGUACGUCUACCUCGGCGAUAGUGUCGAGGACGGCCUGUUUGCUUGGAUCUCGCUGGGUAUUGAUGGCACCAAGUCGAGCGAUGUUGCCCCGGCCGUGUGGUAUACUGAGAAUGGUGGCAUCGAGAACCCGAACUCUGGCGGCGGUGGUCCUGGUGGUCCCGGAGGCCCUGGUGGGCCCGGUGGGCCGCCUUCUGGUGUGCCUUCGGCUUAG